UUUGAUUUGAAGCCUUUCCUAGUUCCUUCCACCGGGCUGGCUCUUCUAACAGUACCUACAAGACAAGAAGAUGGAAGCUCUCUCUCUCUACCCACUAUCUCUUUCUUUUCCUCUCCAUACCCAUCACUCCUUUUCACAAACCCAUCUCUCCAAUCCCAUUCUCUGGCCGAAACUCUCCUCAAUCACUCUCCAAUCAAGUACUCCUCGCAACAAAACGGUAGUUCUUGGGAGCAAUUCCAGUGACCCGAAAGAGUCGGCGUUUCUCGACGAAAAUGGCGCUGUUGAUGACAUGGAUGGUUACCUCAACUACCUUUCUCUUGAGUAUGACUCUGUUUGGGAUACCAAACCUUCCUGGUGUCAACCAUGGACAAUAACAUUGACUGGAGUAUUGAUGGUUACCGCUAGCUGGCUAGUUUUGCACUCAGUAAUAGUCACCACAGUAGUUCUCUCUUUAAUUUGCGCAUGGUGGUACAUCUUUUUGUAUUCCUACCCCAAGGCAUAUUCAGAUAUGAUAGCAGAGCGAAGAAAGAAGGUGACUACUGGCGUAGAAGAUACGUUUGGUUUGGGAAAGAGCCAAUGAUCUUUGAGAAAGAAGAAGGGGGGGGGGUGUCAAAGAGGGGUCACCUCUGUGUGUAUCAAGUUUAUUUACUUUGUAAUUAGAGCUUUUAAUGGAAUAGCUGUUGAUGUUUGUCUCAUUAUUGAGAUAUCAGCAAGGUAAAUUUCCUGCAGAUCAGAAAUGGGUGUUGAGAAGUUGCCUCAUUGCAUCAACAAAUCUGAACUAGCAGAAUUUUACUUUUUGCAAU